AGAACAGUGAUUGAGGAAAAAAAAUAAAGAGAGAGAAAGGGAGGGCAAGAAAGAAUGACAGAUCUAGAAUAACAAGACUAGCCUGAACACACUGUAGCAACGCAGCAACCUGCGCAGUUCAUCGCGGGAAAGACAAUCUGUGUCUCAAGGAAUGCGGUUGUCGUAGUGGAUUAAUACGCACUUCCACCCAGGUUUCAUUGCUCUUCGUAUCCUGAAACUCUGGAAUGAGAGAGAGAGAGAGAGAGAGAGAUUUCUUGAAGUUAAACAGAACAACUUGUUAUUCUGGUUCUUGCAUUUCUCUAUUAGGUGUAAACAGAAGAUGUGACAGAAGCAGGUGUACACAUCUAACACGAUGGCUGCUCCCGCAGUUGUACCCAGGAGUCGGCCGAAGUCUAUCAAAGUAUUGCCUACAAAUGUGAAUGGAGGAGACAGAGUGAAAACAAAUACACAUCUGAUUUAUGCACAGAGAGAAGUUGAGCUGGUGAAUCACUGUUUUGCAGAUGUGGAGCAUUUCAUGGCCCGUCUGCAGCAGACAGCAGAGGCUAAGAAUAUUCAGGAGCAGCUGAAGCGAUCGAAAAAAAAGAGUCGGAAAAAAAACAAAACCAAGAAGAAUAAAAAGGAGGACGACGAGCCUACCCCGCAAAAGGUGACCCCACCAUCAGAACAAGAGUUUGUGGAUAUUUUUCAGAAGAUCAAGUAUUCUUUCUGUCUAUUGGAUCGCCUAAAGAUGAAAAUCUCAGAGCCCUCUUCAGAAGAACUCUUGCACCAUGUCUUUGUCCCUUUGCAACUGAUGGUGAAGACGACGGGUGGUCCUAAGUUGGCAUCAUCGAUCUCCAGUCCCGCUCUGACCAGUGGAGCGAUCUCUCUACUCCAGCACAAUCUCAAUGAGCAAGAGAAAACACUGUGGACAUCACUCGGACCAAACUGGACCCUGCCAUACUCUCAGCUCAGCGAGACUGUGCCUCAGUACACACCUGUCUUUUUGGAUGGUUGGCAGCCGAUAGCUGUAGACGCCAAUGGACAACCAAUUGAGGACCCCAUAGAGGUCCAGCACAAACAUGAAGCCCUUAUACAGACUCAGCAGGUAAUUGAUCAGGCACGUCUGACUGUACACCAGGAGAAUGACGGGAUGGAGCCUCUUCCUCCUAAUGAAGAAAGGAUGUAUCGCUGCAGUUAUGACUUUGUGGCACGAAACAGCAGUGAACUCUCAGUUCUACACGGUGAAAGUCUGGAGGUGUUGGAGUCUUCAAAGCGAUGGUGGAAGUGUAAGAAUAGUUAUGGCCAAACUGGCUUUGUUCCACACAAUAUCCUCGAGCCCAUCAAUCACGCUGAAGUUGACUCUACUAAUGUUGUAAUGCGCAACCAGUCCACGAAAGCUCCCAUCUCUCCGCUGAGAGGAGGCAGAAUGUCGUACGCUGCACCCAAAUCUGAAAGUGCAGUCCACCCUGAUCCACGGCCACUCAGCAUGCCAUCAUUUGCAGAUGAUGGAGAAAAAGUUGUGUUGAUGAAUGAUGAGCUCAUACAGCGAUUGGCCAAUGGGAGGGCAGCAUCAGUACGGCCAAUGGUGAUCAAUAAAGCCAAUGAGACAACGGUGCCGCUGGAUUAUCACUCUCCUCAAGCUGAGGUGCAGGAGUGGCUCAAAGCCAAAGGCUUUAAUAAUAUUACUGUGCAGAGUCUGGGGGUCCUGAACGGGGCUCAGCUCUUCUCUCUGAACAAGGAGGAGUUGCGGGCUGUUUGUCCAGAAGAGGGAGCCAGAGUCUACAGCCAGAUUACUGUGCAGAAAUCACUGCUGGAGGAUGUGAGGAAAGCCACUGAGCUAGAGGCCAUAAUGAAGAAACAGAAGAUGAAGGCUGAUCUGAAAACAGAGGGUGGAGAAUUUUAAUUUCUCACUCCCACAAUCUAACAAGCAUUUAUGUUGACGCCUGAACAGACAGGUGUGGCAUGAAUCAAGUGUUCUCUAACUACACUACAAUGAUCUCUGCUGUUUUUACGUCAUUGGUUAUAUAUAGAUAUCUCAUCCUUACCGCCUUAACAUAUAAAAAUCAAAUCCUGUGUAUUCCUCGAUGUAUUGUAUAAAUAAAAUAAAUAAACAUUGAUGGUGUUCAUAUUU